AUGCUUUUCUUUAUCUUUCUUUGUUUCUUUUAUUAUUAUUAUUAUUUAUUUAUUUAUUCUCGUAGAAAACUCUUUCUUCGACGUGUGCACUUCUUCAUUUUUCCAGCGAUGCAAUCCACAGUGUCUCUGCAACCACAAGACGACGCCCGACAGCUCUUCCUUCCACUUCUCGAUUCAUCGCCUGAAACUACCACCGCCGCCGUUGUUGACGGCGGAAGAGGAGGAGGAGGUUCAUUUCCUAAGCUGGUCGAAUCGUCCCCGUCGCCCCCGAACGGCGUUGCUGAAAGAGAGAGCCGUCGUAUCAAUAAAUAUGUGCUCGCCGGUGCCGUUUUGGCUUCCACCAAUUCCAUUCUCCUCGGCUAUGAUAUAGGAGUGAUGAGUGGAGCCAUUUUGUACAUCAAAGAGAAUAUGAAAAUCACCACAGAACAACAAGAGCUCUUAGUCGGUUCCUUAAACGUCUGUUCUCUAAUCGGAGCUCUCGCCUCCGGCAAGACUUCCGACCGGAUCGGCCGCCGAUACACAGUCCUCAUAGCCGCCGCCACAUUCCUAAUCGGCGCCAUCUUGAUGAGCUUCGCACCGUCUUUCCUCUUCCUUGUCGCAGGCCGCGUCGUUGCCGGCAUUGGCGUUGGCUUCUCUCUGAUGAUCGCUCCGGUCUACGUCGCCGAACUCUCGCCGGCGUUUUCUCGAGGCCUCCUCACAUCUCUGCCGGAGAUCUUCAUUAGCGCCGGAAUUUUACUCGGAUAUAUUUCAAAUUACGCCUUCUCUGGCCUUUCUGAAACCGUUAAUUGGCGAUUUAUGCUAGGGAUUUCAGCGAUUCCGGCCGUAAUUGUCGCCCUCGGUAUCUCCGCCAUGCCGGAAUCGCCUCGAUGGCUUGCGAUUCGCGGUCGAGAAAUCGAAGCGAAACGAAUCCUAAUUAAAAUUUCUGAAUCGAAAGAAGAAGCCGAACUCAGAUUUACAGAAAUUACCAGAUCGGUUUCCGCUUCUUGCAAAUGGCGCGGUAAUGAAAGUGUUUGGAAAGAAUUGUUACUGAAUCCUUCUCCGUCAGUCCGCCGAAUUCUAAUCGCCGCCGUUGGAAUCAAUUUCUUCAUGCAAGCUUCUGGAAACGACGCCGUUGUGUAUUACAGUCCCGAGGUUUUUCGAGAGGCCGGAAUUGAAGAUAACAAACAACUCGUCGGCGUAACAGUCGUAAUGGGAAUCGCUAAGAUGGGAUUUGUUUUGAUUUCGGCUUUUUUCUUGGACCGGUUCGGCCGGAGGCCACUUUUGUUAUUGGGCUCGACCGGUAUGGCUUGUUCGUUGGCUGGGCUGGGCCUGGGCUCGAAAUAUCUGGAGUAUUCAGAUGAAAAGCCCAAAUGGGCUAUUGGGCUUUGCGUGGUGGCCGUUUGUGCGGCCCUGUCGUUUUUCUCUAUUGGGCUUGGGCCCAUCACUUGGGUCUAUUCGUCGGAAAUAUUUCCGUCUAGAUUGCGGGCCCAAGGUUCGAGCCUGGCGGUUUCCGUGAACCGGUUGGUAAGUGGUUUGGUGGCAAUGACGUUUCUGAGCAUUUCGAGUAAAAUAUCGUUUGGAGGGAUGUUUUUUGGACUCGCCGGGAUAAUGACGGCGGCGGCGGCUUUCUUUUACCACUUUCUGCCGGAGACCAGGGGGAAAAGCUUGGAAGAAAUUGAAACUCUCUUUGACGAUGAUGGACUUCAUUAAACAAUAAUCUCAUUUUUAAUUUGAAACUUAAUCCAAAUUAGUAUAUUUAACCUU